CAUAUCUCGCACCUCCAAGCCAUCUCCCCAUCAAUUGGACUCCUUUCUUCAUUAAAAACCGUCCUUUUUAUCCACCAUAACAUAGCAUCACGAUUAUUUCGCGCCUAGGCGCAUUAUUAAGCAGCGCAUUCUCUCCACAAGUCCGGGUUUCGCACAUCUCGCAACUAGCUAUGUCUACCCGGAAGAGAAGACAGGAAGCUGAGGAGGAAGAGGAGCUGCAGGCUCUGCCGAGCGACGUGAGCGAAGAGGAAGAAGAAUUUGAAGAAUCAGAGUUUGAAGCAGAAGGCGGAUCCGAAGAAGAAGAAGAGGAAGAGGAAGAGCAGGUUGAGCCUGAAGAAGAAGAAGAAGCUGAGCCGCGACACAAGAGACGCAAAACAGGCCCUGCCCCUAGAGAGAAAGAAGAGGAGGAGGAAGUAGAGGAAGAGUUAGAGGCAGAAGGAGAGGAAGAGGAAGAAUUAGAGCUUCCAGCGGAAGAAGAGGAGGAAGCAGAACUGCCAGAGGAAGAGGAAGAAGAAGAAGAAGUGGAAGGCGGAGCGCCACUUGAAGCAAAUGGCCAAGGCAAUCAAGAGGGAGGUGACGAGGAGGAAGAGGAAGACGACGAUACACCUCUAAUCAAAAGAGAUGUGCGCCACGCUACUGAGAAAGGGGCUGCUGAUGUUGCUGCCAAGCCCACUGCGCAGGUGGAACUUGACGAUGAGGAAGAAUGAAUUCACCGGGUAUAGAAAAGGGACAGUUACUCUGGUCCGUGUAUUCGUAUAUUAUUAGUAUGGCUUUGUAUUAGAACUGCUUCUCGAAUAUGGACGGAACUCGAUAGGCGAAUGGUGAUUUCUCUGUCAUGAAUC